CCGGCGCGGCGGCCGAGGAGGCGGCGGUGGUGUGGAGCCCCGAGGUGGAGGUCUGCCUCUUCCACGCCAUGCUGGGCCACAAGCCCGUGGGAGAAUUGCUCCGGGAUGUUGCCGAAGUCAAAUCAUGAGUGAAAAUGAAGAGCUGUCGUUUUCCAAAGGGGUCUUCGGGUCUGUUGUGGGGCGCCGCGAGUCUGAAAAAGUGUGUGAAUCGCCACUUCCACAUGAUUUGUAUCCGAGACAAAUUCAGUCAAAAUAUCGGACGUCAGAUUUCGUCCAAAGUGAUUUGGGACCAUCUAAGCACUAUGUACGACAUGCAAGCACUUCAUGAAUCUGAGAUUCUCCCUUUCCCGAAUUCUGAGAAAAACUUCAUCCUGCCUGAGGAAAUUAUUCAAGAGGUGAAAGAAGGAAAAGUAAUGAUUGAAGAAGAGGUGAAGGAAGAAAUAAAAGAAGAGCUAGAACCUCAUGCAGGUCCAGAUGAAGUUUAUGGACCUUCAGGAAACUUGGGAAAAGCAACUGAAAAACCAAGCAGCAAAGAGAAAGACAAGACCUCAUCAGAUUCUGGGUCUAAAGAAGGAGCUGAUAAGAGGAAACGUAACAGAGUCACUGAAAAGGUCUUAAAUGCAAAUAGCAAUCCCUCCAGUCCAAGUGCUGCUAAACGGCGCAGAACAUGAGGAAGUCGUGAAAGACUUUGUUUAAGUGUAGUCUUUAACUACAGAAUCUGGGUAGGGAAGAUUAGAAGGAAAGCCAUCAUAAAGACUUGUUCAUUUGGGAAAAGUAUGUCUGAGUCCGGUAUUCAAAGCAUCUGCACAUUGGUGUUACAUGUGGAAAUGGACUUGCCUAUUCCUUCUUUUAAUUUACUUGGUCAGCAUUGCAUAGCUAAAUGAUGGCUAUGUCCUCAACAUACUGAAGGAGAAAGCUGGCAGCUUUUCAAAUGUGUGUGCUUAACAAGUUGGGCGGUAGCAUUUUAAAAUAUCAGUAACACACACACACACACACACGCACACGGUGUCGUACUUCCAAAAAGGAACUUUUGGGAAGACAAGAAGCCGCAGUUCAUGAUGAGUUUAGGUUAUUUGCAAAGUUUAGAUUCGUUUCAUGUCUUCUGUUUGCUGCUUUCUUUGAGUACUUGAAUCUCUUUGUGGGUGACGGUUCUAGAACAUUUUACUUACAGCAAAAACAACGUUUUUAUUGGACGUCUGACUUUGUUGGUCCAGUAAAAUUAAGUUAGUAUAUUAAAUACAGAUUGCUGUAUUAAGAAGAAGUAAAACCCCUUUCUGAUGGAGGCUUGGUGGUGUAACAUAUUAGCACGUACUGUAAAAAAGUCAGUGUUUUGUUUCCAAAUUGAAUUUUUCAUAAGUGGCCUAAACUAAAAUGUCUUGUAGUGCCAAGUGGUAUAAAUGGGUUCACCUGGGAAUGCAAGAACCUUGAGCUAUUGUUCCACCCACUUGUAUUGUAAUAAUGUAUAUAACAGUUGUUUUUGUAUUUCACAGAUUGCAAUUUUUAAAACUUUUAUUAGGGGGUUGUUAAAUUGAAUUAAGAUUGCAAAAUGUUAAUCUUUUGCAGUUACUGUACUUACCUGAAGUUGUCUUAGUUUAAGCUCUUAAAGAUUUAUGAUACUUUUCAAUUUAAUGUUUUGAAAAUCGCAGGAUUUUGCAGGUUAAGCUAGUGAAAGAAGCAGGUGGUAGUGUUGGUGAAUUGUAUCUCUGGCUAUUAAUCUUACUGUUUAAUUAAAAAAAUUACAAUGCU